AUGGCAUGUGCCCAUUCUGGCGGUAGACUGCAAUGCCAACCGGCGGCACAAGCAGGCAUUGACCAACCCGGCCAUUCGAUCUCGAUGGUCUGCCCAGCUUCCAGACUAUCUCCGUCCCUGGGUGGAAGGAAAGCAGUACCCGAGAAACCCGCACUAUCGCCAAGCUCACACCUUCCAAUACCUGCACCACAGGAAGAAGCGCCUUUCAAGCAGUACGUCAUUGUCACUGCUGGUUGGUGGUGA